AUGUCCGGAAAUAUCGAAGACCGUCAAGAUGACCCAACGGCCGAAGCACGAGCAGACUCACUUGACAUCUUGACACGAAGGCUCGAGCAAGAUGACAGAGACCUUGAAGAGCAAGCGCUGCGACUUGUUAAACUGCGAGAGCAAGCCGAGCUUGAUGAAAUAUUGUACGAGCAUGGACGAGCAGAAUUGAGAGACCAGCAUUCGAAAUUAAAAGCAGCCCAGUUGGCCAUUCAUGAAAUCUAUAUCUCAACCAUGCUCAGCCACGCCCAUAAUCUGUUACUCAUGAGCAAUUUGGGAUAUAAUGAUGAAGAGAUGGCCUUCAAAACUGCUGAUACUAUCCUUGACGAGGUUGACGAUCUGAUUGAAGAUACCAAUAAUGACCUAAGUAGGUCAACACUGGCGAAACAUGCUUAUGUGGAUGGAUUCCUAGCAGAGAUGAAAGGAAACCUUGACGUGGCAGAAGAAUGCUACUUUGCUGCUGUAGAUCAUUCCAAAGACUACAUUCGUCUAAGACGGAUCCAAAGCUUAAGUGAUUCAAGGUAUGCAGAGUAUGCCGCUACAACGAUGGCCCAGCAAACGAAUGACGGUGGUUCUGAAACGGUGAGUAACAGAGACAGCUGGCUCUUCACAAAUUUGAGACAAGCUGCUGCUAUCCCUUCCGAGAAUGGAGAUACUUUCAAUCGAUGCAUGAUUAAUCAAGUUUACCUCGAUACGCCCCCUCUCGGCGGCAAACAGUCUCAUCCUGAGGCCGAAACUGAAGAUCGUCAAAAUGACGAUGAGUUUCACGAACCUAAUAGUCGACACGCCACCCCAUGUAUCAGAAGGUCGUCAGUUUGUUGCGAACCCGUGGUAGAGUCGGUCAUUUCAACAGAUACACCCCAACCAGAUUCACUGGCGAAGCGACCAAGACGACGGACUGCAGCAGAGCUGAGACACAAAGUCCCCCACAUUGAUACGAGCGGCUUUGGCAGACCCACUGAAAGCCCAACUUCCCCGAGUCGACCUAGCCCUUUGAGUCGUCAACUCUCUGUCAAUGGAGAUAUCACUCUUCAAAACGAGAAGUGA